AUGGCCAAUAUGUUCAGGGCAAAUAGAGCUUUCCUCAACAAUAGCUUCAGGGCUUCGUCCAGAGACCCAUCUUUCUAUGUCCAACGCACUGUCCGGCCGUCAAGGGCUUGCUUUCUCUCCUCUGCUUUUGAACGUGCAGAAGGCAGCAAUGCUGUGGCCGAAACGAGCCCUGGAGAUCGUGGGACAGGGAUCCCGGAAACGGGGUCUGACCCGGCGAGGGACGGGAUGUACGAAGCCAAGCAAGAGGCCCUCGACCCCGAUGAGGGCCGGGCCAGUGCUGUGACAGGAUAUAUGGCCGACAGAGCGAGGGACGGGCCCGAGAAGGCGAAGGAGAUGUCCAACAGGGUGGGCGAGACGACCAAGAAGACGAUGGACGGCGCCUGGAAGGCAGCCAGGGAGACCACCGAGGAGAUUAAGGAGGCGGCGGCGGGCGGCCGCAGUCACAGCGAGGAGGAGGAGAGAGGGCCGAAUCAUGAGAACUCGGAGGGUGACGAGAACGUGGACGAUUUGAGGAGGCGUGCAGGAGGAUACGAUAAAGCGGAGUGA